UCUCACCUUUCCUAUCAACCCCACUAGCUCUGGCACAAUGAAGUGGGUAACUUUCCUCCUCCUCCUCUUUGUCUCCGGCUCUGCUUUCUCCAGGGGUGUGUUUCGCCGAGAUGCAGCACACAAGAGUGAGAUCGCUCAUCGGUAUAAAGAUUUGGGAGAAAAACAUUUCAAAGGCCUCGUCCUGAUCACCUUUUCCCAGUAUCUCCAGAAAUGCUCCUAUGAAGAACAUGUCAAAUUAGCGAGAGAAGUAACUGACUUUGCAAGCAACUGUGCUAAAGAUGAGUCUGCUGAAAACUGUGACAAAUCACUUCACACUCUUUUUGGAGACAAGUUAUGCUCUCUACCAAGUCUCGGUGAAAAAUAUGCUGAACUGGCUGACUGCUGUGCAAAACAAGAGCCCGAAAGAAAUGAAUGUUUCCUGCAACACAAAGAUGACAACCCCCAGCUGCCCCCAUUCAAGAGAACGGAGCCUGAGGCCAUGUGUACUGCCUUCCAGGAAAAUGCUGAAACAUUUAUGGGACAUUACUUGCAUGAAGUUGCCAGAAGACAUCCUUAUUUCUACGGCCCGGAGCUCCUUUACUAUUCUGAGAAAUACAGUGCAAUCCUGACUGAGUGCUGUGCAGCCGAUGACAAAGGAGCCUGCCUGACACCCAAGCUUGAUGACCUGAAGGAGAAAGCCUUGGCUUCAGCUGUCCGCCACAGACUGAAGUGCUCCAGUAUGGCGAAAUUCGGUGAGAGAGCUUUCAAGGCAUGGGCAGUAGCUCGAAUGAGCCAGACAUUCCCCAAAGCUGACUUCGCAGAAAUUACCAAACUGGCAACAGACCUUACCAAAGUCACCCAGGAGUGCUGCCAUGGUGACCUGCUUGAAUGCGCAGAUGACAGGGCGGAGCUUGCCAAGUACAUAUGUGAAAACCAGGCGAGCAUCUCCAGCAAGCUGCAGGCUUGCUGUGAAAAAGAAGUGUUGCAGAAAUCCCAGUGCCUUGCUGAGGCGGAACAUGACGACAUCCCUGCCGAUCUGCCUGCAUUAACUGCUGAUUUUGUGGAGGAUAAGGAUGUGUGCAAGAACUAUGCUGAGGCCAAAGAUGUCUUCCUGGGCAUGUUUUUGUAUGAAUAUGCAAGAAGGCACCCUGAAUACUCCGUUUCCUUGUUGCUGAGACUUGCUAAGAAAUAUGAAGCCACACUGGAAAAAUGCUGUGCUGAAGCCGACCCUCAUGCAUGCUAUGGCCAUGUGUUUGAUGACUUUAAGCCUCUUGUGGAAGAGCCUCAGAACUUAGUCAAAAGCAACUGCGAACUUUAUGAGAAGCUUGGAGAGUAUGGGUUCCAAAAUGACGUUCUAGUUCGCUACACCAAGAAAGCACCUCAGGUGUCGACUCCGACUCUCGUGGAGGCUGCCAGAAGCCUAGGAAGAGUGGGCACCCAUUGCUGUACACUUCCGGAAAAGAAGAGACUGCCCUGUGUAGAGGACUUUCUGUCUGCGAUCCUGAACCGUGUGUGCGUGCUCCACGAGAAGACCCCAGUGAGUGAACAGGUCACCAAGUGCUGUUCUGGAUCCCUGGUGGAGCGGCGACCAUGCUUCUCUGCCCUGCAAGUUGAUGCAACAUAUGUCCCCAAGGAGUUUAAAGCUGAGACCUUCACCUUCCAUGCCAAUAUCUGCACGCUUCCAGAGAAGGAGAAGCAGAUGGAGAAGCAAACGGCACUCGCUGAGCUGGUGAAACACAAGCCCCAGGCUACAGACGAGCAGCUAAAGAAAGUGAUGGGCGACUUUGCAGAUUUCCUGGAGAAGUGCUGCAAGCAGGAAGACAAGGAAGCAUGCUUCUCCACAGAGGGUCCAAAACUUGUUGCCGAAAGCCAAAAGGCCUUUGCCUAAACACAUCACAACCACAAGCAUCUCAGUCUACCCUUGGAAAACAAGAGACAUGAAGACUCAAGACUCAUCUUUUCUGUUGGUGUAAAAUCAACACCCCAAGGAACACAAAUUUCUUCAAACAUUUGACUUCUUCCCUCUGUACUUUAAUUAAUAAAGAAUGAAAAGAAUCUA